AUGGUAAGGAAAGGCAAGGCAAGGCAAGGCAAGGAAAGGAAAGGCAAGGCAAGGCAAGGGCAAGGCAAUGCAAGGCAAGGCAAGGCAAGGCAAGGCAAGGCAAGGCAAGGGCAAGGCAUAGGCAAAGCAUGGGAAGGCAAUGGUAAGGAAAGGCAAGGCAAGGAAAGGCAAGGCAAGGCAAGGCAAGGCAAGGCAAGGCAAGGCAAGGCAAGGCAAGGGCAAGGCAUAGGCAAAGCAUGGGAAGGCAAUGGUAAGGAAAGGCAAGGCAAGGCAAGGCAAGGAAAGGAAAGGCAAGGCAAGGCAAGGCAAGGCAAGGCAAGGCAAGGCAAGGCAAGGCAAGGCAAGGCAAGGCAAGGCAAGGCAAGGCAAGGCAAGGCAAGGCAAGGCAAGGCAAGGGGCAAGGCAUAG